AUGCCAGGGGACGACCGAAUACCGCCAAAGCCCACGCCGACGACCCUGCGUCUCGUCACCUUCAACGUCAAUGGCAUCAAGACUCUCAAAAACUACUUUCCCUGGACGCUGGUGUCGAACUACUCCCAGAUGCUAAACAUGAUGAACAUCGACGUGAUCACCCUCCAGGAGCUCAAGGUGCAGCGGCCGGACGUCGAUCUGAGCAUUGCCGACGUCGACGGCUACCGCAGCUUCAUCAGCGUGCCCAUCUCGAAGAAGGGCUACUCUGGAGUGAGUGUUUAUGUGCGGAAGCCACGUGACGACGAGCCCGAGAUGGUGAAAAAGUGUCUCACCGUGGUGCGUGUCGAGGAGGGCAUCACAGGGAUCCUGCCGCACCAGAAAAAGCACGUCUCGUUCAAAGAGGCGUACGGCGACCCGGCCCUCCAGCACACGUGCAUCGGUGGCUAUCCCGACCACAGAAACAUGUACGACAAGUUCCGCAAGCUCGACAGCGAGGGCAGGUGUGUGAUCAUCGAGCUCAACUUCAACAUCGUCGUGAUCAGCGUCUACUGUCCGGCCAACAGUCUCGGCACCGACGAGGGCGAGGAGUUCCGGCUGCUGUUUCUGCGGUGUUUGUUCGAACGGGCGCGCAAUCUGCGUGCCAUGGGCAAAAAAGUGGUCGUCAUGGGCGACAUCAACGUGUGUAUCGAUCUCAUCGACAGCGACGAUACCAUCAAGCAGGGCUUCAAGGAGCGCCGCUUAGUGAAAGCGCAAGACUACAGCGACUUCGAGACGCUAAACGCGGAGCAGGUGCUGGCUUUCAAGCACUCUGCUCCCCAUCGCGAGCUGGUGAACCAGUACGUGAAAGACACCACCGGAAUGCGGCCCGACGCCGACUCGCACGUGCUGCACGACGUUGUGCGCGAGAAACAGGGCCGCCGGCUCAAGAUGUACACGGUCUGGAGCACGUUCAAAAGCAAUCGGCCGCUUAACGUCGGGUCCCGCAUCGACCUCAUCCUUGCUACGUCGCAGCUCGCGUCGCUGGUCAGCCAGGCCGACAUCUGGCCGUUUCUGCACGGGUCCGAUCACUGUCCCGUUCACGCCGACUUUGAGCUGGCGGAGCUUGAGUUCUCGCCCGAAGAAGACCGCUCGGCAGAGUACGCGGCCAAGUCGAACUGGUUCGAGGCCAAAAAUUUCUACGGACUGCAUACUAGAGGUAGUAUCGACAAGUUCUUUCGCAAAAGGGAGCCGAGCCAUCACGAGACGGUUCAAACUGAGCGAGAUGACCGAGAGAGCGGAAGUGAUAGUGCAACGCAGGGCUACAACUCGCGCAAAAGAGCGCGCAAGGACCGGCCCGACCAGCUCUCUAUUUCAGACUUCUUCUUCAGGUCAGACUCGGACUCGCAGCCUGCUGACGACGACAGGGCGAAACCAAAAAUCUCCGUUCGCGACUUCACCGAAAUGCUCGGCCAGUCCGGCGCGUGCGCCCCACAGUGCCGCCAUGGCGAGCCGUGCGCGCUGCGAACGGUCAAGACGGAGAAAAAUAAGGGGAAAAAAUUCUGGUGCUGUCCGCGCGCAACACGGACCGAGUCGUGGUCGGCAGAGCCUGCAGAGCGAGGCGAGACAGACGCCAUGGAUGAGUACAACUGCGGCUUCUUCAAAUGGGCAAGCAGGUGA